AUGGCCACACCAGGAAGCGGAGGCUGGGCUCAGCUACGCCAGCAAGCACGAUCAUUGGAGAAUCAGACGGAGAGUCUGUUUCAUACCUAUUCCCAAUUCUCGACUGGAUCCAAUAUCCCACCUAAGCCAUCAGCGGAGGAGCGUGACGUAGAAGCAAGAUUGGAGGAUGUACUAGACAAGCGCGACAAUGUCAUCGCCCAACUCGCCCGACUCCUGGAUUCGGAAGCAUCCCUCAACACAUCCGCGCUCAAGCAAAACAACCUAUCCCUGCUCCGGGAGAAGCUUUCCUCUCACCGCCGCGACCUGGCCCGUCUCAAGUCCACACUGCAGCAAGCUCGCAAUCGCGCCAACCUCCUAAGUAACGUGCAGUCCGAUAUUGACGAGUACCGCGCGAACAACCCGGAAGCUGCCGAGGCCGAUUACAUGCUGGACGAGCGCAAUCGCAUCGACAGGAGUAACGAUGCGACAGAUAGCGUCCUCAGCCAGGCAUAUGCCAUCAACGAAAGCUUUCUAAUUCAGAGGGAGACCUUGGCGAGCAUCAACCGGAGAAUAACCAUGGCUGCGAGCAAAGUGCCAGGCAUCAACUCAAUAAUUGGACGUAUAAGUACCAGGAAGAGGAGAGAUGGAAUCAUCAUGGGAACUUUUAUCGCGAUGUGCUUCAUUGUCUUCUUUUGGUUCAGGUAA